AUGCAUAAUCAAGAAGCCGCAGUCAAUGAACAACCUAGUAGCCAAAUCAAUCGUAAUAAACAGGUGCCAAUUGGCUUGUUGCUCCCUAUCAUAAUUCCCCAACUUGCCGAAGACAAAGCCAUUGAACUUCAAACUUUAAUGGAAAAAUUGAAGAGAGAUGAAAUAUCCAAAGAUCAGUGUGUAAGGCUUUUGAAAGGGAUUGUGGAGGAUCAGAUGAUUAGGAAAGCAUUAACAGAAGUGCAGCAACAGAUAAAAUCCAAUACGGGUUCUUCUGGACAACAGCACCCUAUAAGCAUGCCAACUGUUACUUCAAUUCCAGCACAAUUUAAUGAUCCCCAUGCAAUAGUAAAACUGCAUCCGAGAAGUAUGAAUGCUGCUGCGGACCAUUCUCAUAAUAAUUCUUCAGUAAUCCAAGUGAAGACUGGGCCGACUUAUUCAACUAUGGACAUUAGUACUAAAAAAUCUCAGGAACAUGAUGUUCAAGCAGUGGAACCAACUCAAUUACUGCCAUCUAGUUCUAACACCAUUUGUCAAGAAACUGAAAACACCCCAGUUCACACACAAGGCUUUUAUAAUCAGCAACAACAACAUAUACAUUUUCCAUCGCCAUAUGAAAUCAGUGGUGGCAACUUUAAUCCUUUUUUGGGGAAAAUCACUGGUUCAUUAUCAUCUCUAAGACCACAACCUCAACCUCUCAAUUCACACAAAAGGAGAAUUCCACAUCAGAGCAUUGGUCUCAAUCACUUGGGUGUAGAACAGCAGAGUUUAUUCAAUGAUCCUAAGAGAAUGCGAGGUGGAUCAGUAUCGACUGUGGUAAACAAUACAGCAUCACAACAAACUUUAAAUUCCUGGCAAUCAUCAGCAGAACCUAAUGACCUUUCUACAGAGCAGCAACAUAAGCAUCAUUUAUCUAAAUUGCAUGGGUUGCCUUCUGUUAAUUCUGGUCAAAAUGAACAGGGUGGUGAUGUCAAUCAAGGCACCAUAAAGGAUCCUGCAGGGGAGGCGGAGGGUGAGUGGGAGCAGCAGGUUCCACCACCUGAGCAACAAGCUAACCAGCAAGAGCCAGCGGCACUGGAGGCCAUGGGACAGGCCGCACUGCACCAGAUAUUGGAUGUCUUCUGGGAGAUUAGGACUGACUUCAGACGGCUAGAGAGCAGACUUGGUGCAGUAGAGGCCAGACUGAAAGACCUCGAAGAAUAUGUCAUACAGAAUCCAAGCGUGUCGGUUAUGAGUCCACGGAGCAGACAGUUAGAUUAG